GUGUCAAACCAACAAUAACAAAUACAAAUAAUGUAUAUUGAGAAUAAUGACGUCACGAGAAAAGAAAAAGAGUACUUCGCAAUAAACACAACACGUAUAUGGGUUUGAGCGCCACGUGCAUCACUGUCGAUAAGCUUGGCCGAUUCAAACCCCUCUCUCUCCUCUCUCUCUCUCUCUCUCUAUAUAUAGCUACUUGUACAUAUAAUCUACAGUAGAAAACCUUGAUUCACGCAUCGUGAGGGAUAAACUGAAAGGAGCAUCUAAUCUGAAAAUCGAAUUUGUAUCAACAGUAGUUUGAAGAACCGAUGUCGGGGGCGCAAGGAGCACAGCCGCCGGAGUCGUUCACGGCGACGACGUACGAGUCCGUCGAAGGCGGCGAGAACAAAACCCGAUUCGACAUCCACUCCAAGGAGGACGAAGGAGGUAUUGAAAUCGACAAACUCCAGGAUAAAGUCGAGGACGCCGCCGGCACCGGCGGCCCCGUUUUCGGCGCCGGCAAGGACGACGACAAAGACGAUCUGGGCGUUACCGGCACCGCUUAAUUAAUUAGCUAGUUUUACUCGUAUAUAUAUAUAUAUACAUAUUUCAGUUUCUUUUUAUGUAGCUUUUGAUUUCCUUUCUUGUAAUGUGUGUUCGUUCAUGUCUGUAUAUAUUGUUUAUCAGUAUAUAAUAUAAAUGAUUUAAUUAAAUAAAAC